UGCAUCAAGAGUUCCGGAAGGUAAUUCGCGCGCAAUGCAUUCUGGGAUAGUCUCACAAAAAAAGUGGGCACCAAGCGUGACAAUAUGGCGUGUGUCUCUGUAUUCAAUGCGUUCUUUGAAGCGUGUCUUUAUCUAUAAUACAGUCUUUUUGUUCUUGUAAGUGAUAUCAACUGGAAAAUAAUCUUCGUGGGUAUUAUAUUCAAAAGCCGUUUAAUGACAUGGUCUUUGGGCACAGAAAUUGUGCAGUAUUUGGGUGCCAUAACAGUGGGAAAAAGCUUGAGAAAUGGGCUUCACAGCAAUGCGAAGUUCACGAUUGUUUACACGGCACUCCGCCAUGUGACUGUCCGCUGCCGUUCAAGCUAUUUCCGUUCCCUACUGAACGCAAAAACAAUGAGGGUAGAAAGCGCUGGAUCCAUCUUCUAAAGAGAAAAGGCCCGAAAGGAGAAGUCUGGCAACCUAAUAAUUCGUCGAGAGUCUGCAAUGAGCACUUUGUUGAUGGGAAACCCACGAAAGAAAACCCUGAUCCUGUACUCAAAAUGGGCUACGAGACAAAGUCUACUCGUAACCGUAAACCGCCUACUGAUAGAUCAUCAUUACUAGAAGAAAUGAAACGUUUAAGAACUCAAGAUAAUACUCAAGAUAAUACACAAGAUAAUAUUCAAGAUGAUACUCAAGAUAAUGCACAUGAUAGUCAAGAUGCUCCUGUGAUUCAAGAACCAAGUAGUUCCUCGUUUAUAACAGAAGAAGAACAUUGUACUACUGCCGGUCGACCCGACCAUAUCACUCACGAUCAUGCAUAUUCGUUUGGCUGGUACAACCUAGAAGAUCCUGACUUCUGUAUGAAAGAAAAAUGCUUGCAGGAAAGACUCAAGCAGUUCAAUGAGAUCAAAGAUCUCAAAGAAAAACUCCAAGAACUUGAAAGUGAACUCAAAGCAUGUAAGAUAAAACUCAAGGCCAGACAGCGUAAGGGACUAGAACAUUCUGAUUUGAAAACAAAUUCAUCUGUUCGUCUACUAACCGGCCUACCAUCAAAACGAGUAUUCAAUAAGUUGUUUGAAGUAGUGAAGGGAAACAUUAAAAAAGUAAACUACUGGAGUGGCCCAAAAAAAUCUACUAAAAAAGGAAGAAACUUCAAAAAAACACCAAAUAAGUUUGGCCCUAAAAGAGCUUUGUCAGAAAAAGAUGAGUUUCUUUUGACCUUAAUGAAACUUCGACUUGGAUCAACAAAUGCUGACUUAGCACUCAACUACAAAUCAUGGGGAGGGAGAACUUCAGAUGUGCAUCUGACAAGAGAAUCAUCAUUUUAUGAUAUCAUUGAACCUGGCGAUGAAGUGAUGGCAGACCGUGGAUUCACAAUUGCUGAAGACCUCUUAAUCAGAAGCUCAAGACUACACAUCCCCCCUGGUAAACGUGGACAAGAGCAGUUCACUAAAGCUGAAGUUGCUAAAACAAAAGAAAUUGCAAAUCUUAGAAUCUUUGUUGAGCAAGCAAUAAGACGGUUGAAGACGUUUAGACUGAUAAAGCAUGAACUACCAAUAUCACUGCUUGGCAGUAUAGACAACAUUGUACUUAUUUGUGCAGCCUUAUGUAACUUGUAUAGACCCUUGGGUAAAAAAUGA